AUGCAUUCGCUGGAGGAGCCGCUGGACCUCAAGCUGAGCAUCUCCAAGCUGCGAGCCGCCCGGGAGAAGCGGGGUCCCCCUGGCCCACGACCCCGCGGUCCCCAGCGCCCGGACGCCCCGCCGGCCGGGGACAGCCGAGGGGGGAACCGGGGGGGUCGCCGGGCCGUGCCGGCCUCGCCGUCCCCCGGCCUGCUGGCACACUCCAGGCUGGUGGAGCCACGGGACGGGCGCUUCGCUGCCGUACCGGUGGUGGACCUCAGCCUCUCGCCCCGCUCCGGUGGGGAAUCUCCGGCCGGCAGCACCUCGCUCUCCCCGGAGCGCCAGGGCAGCGGGGACCUGCCUGGCCCCCUCACCCCCCACGUAAGUAUGGCCGAUUUCCAGUCCCUGCGCUACAUCGAUGGCCUCCCCAGCUCCUUCCAGUUCUUCCUGCCACUGGGGGCAGGGGGGGCCCUGCACCUGCCCCCCGCCGCCUUCCUGCCCCCCAGCAAGGAGAAGCGCCUCCCCCCCGAGCUGCCCCUGCCCAAGCAGCUCGUCUGCCGCUGGUCCAAGUGCAACCAGUUCUUUGAUCUCCUGCAAGACCUGGUGGACCACGUCAACGACUUCCACGUCAAACCCGAGAAGGACGCGGGGUACUGCUGCCACUGGGAGGGCUGCGCCCGCCACGGCCGGGGUUUCAACGCCAGGUACAAGAUGCUGAUCCACAUCCGGACGCACACCAACGAGAAGCCGCAUCGCUGCCCCACCUGCAACAAGAGCUUCUCCCGCCUGGAGAACCUGAAAAUCCACAACCGCUCGCACACAGGCGAGAAGCCCUACAUCUGCCCCUACGAAGGCUGCAACAAGCGUUACUCCAACUCCAGUGACCGCUUCAAGCACACCCGCACCCACUACGUGGAGAAGCCCUACUCCUGCAAGAUGCCGGGCUGCCACAAGCGCUACACCGACCCCAGCUCCCUCCGCAAGCACAUCAAAGCCCACGGCCAUUUCGUCUCCCCCGAGCACCCGGAGAUGCUCAAGGUCCACCCGCCUCCCAAAACACCCCUGGGUUCGGCAGAGGUGCCCUACGUUAACGGGGCGCAGCUUGUGAUCCCCAACCCCGCCGCCCUCUUCGCUCCCCCGGGGCUGCCGGCGUUGCCCAUCCCUUUGGCGCCGGCACCGCUCGACCUCAGCGCCUUGGGCUGCGGGGCUGCCGGUGCCCUCCCGGCCCUGCCGGGUCCCAUCCUACCCCUCAACGGUGGCCCCUUGAACUUGGCCAAGAGCCCGCUGCUGCCCUCGCCCUUCGCGGCGGGGCUGGGGCUGCCCGUCAUGUCGCUGCUGGCCGGCGGGGCCAAGGCCGAGGGGGAGAAGGGGGCCGGGGCCGAGGGGCGGCUGCCCAAGGUGGGCAAAGGGCCGGAGAGCCGGAAGGAGAGGUGCGAAAGGACGGAGCCGGGGCGGCCACGGGCCCCCCCUGAGAGCCUGGCGCUGCUGCCAGGGGCCGUGCUCGACCUCUCGGCGGGUGUCAGCUCGGGGGGCAGCCCCGAGGCGCUGCCGCCUGGCUGGGUGCUCAUCCCCCCCGGCUCCCUGCUGCUCAAACCCGCCGCCGUCAACUGA